AUGUCUCACUUGGUGGCUCCAAUCGUCGAUGUCGAUGUCGGCCGACACGGGGGUGAAGAAGCCCCUGCCGAAACUGUUCCGAAGCCUCGCCUUGGAGGCAGAUUUCAGCUUGAUGACGCUGUCAUAAAAGCGUUGCCUGUACCUGGUACGAAGGUAACCUCUGCCCGCAACUACGGGAUGUCGUUAUGGGGACAAACAGCCAAGAUCUUCACCCGGCUGCCCCGUGGUGGAAACAGACGCUACUUCUUGAAGUCGAUGUCACUCGGAGAAACAGGCCGUACGAUGAUCGAAGGCGAAUUCGAGUCUUUGAAGGCAAUCCACGCCGUCUCACCGGAGUUCGCGCCAGAACCAUACGCAUGGGGUAGAUACCAGCAAGAAUCCCCGGAGACGUACUUCCUGUUGGCACAAUUCCGGGAGGUGGGUGAACAGCCGCCAGAUCCUGUCAAGUUUACUGCGCGGCUUGCGGAUAUGCACAAGCGCUCGGUAUCCCCGACUGGGAAGUUCGGAUUCCAUAUAACGACCUGCCAUGCCAAACUGCCGCAGAUAACGGAUAUAUGGGAGGAGUCAUGGGCCGAGCUCUAUCGAAAGCAACUCGCUCAUAUGAUCAAGCUAGACGAGGACAAACACGGAGUAUGGCCAGAGCUUCGCCACGUCUGCCAGCUUACAAUUGACAAAGUCAUCCCCCGUCUCCUAGAACCCCUCCAGUCCGGAGGACGUAGCAUCAAGCCUUGUCUGGUCCAAGGCGAUUUGUGGGACGAGAACACGGCCACGGAUAUGGAUACCGGAGAACCCUUCAUUUUCGACGCAGGGUCAUUCUAUGCUCAUAACGAGUAUGAAAUCGGUAACUGGAGAGCGGCUCGUCAUCGGCUGAGCAACCGGGUCUACGUGAGGAAUUACAAACGGAACUUCCCUGUUUCGGAACCUGAGGACGAAUGGGACGAUCGUAACUUACUUUACUCUCUGAGGUUCGACCUCGGAACCGCGAUUCUGAUUCCGGGGUGCAAUCAACGCAACGUGUGA